CCGGUAUUGUAUUUAUAUUUUAUAAAAAUUAUUCUUAAUUUUAUUUAAUUUCUUUGUUGUUUUUGUAUGUUCAAAAUAUUAAGCAGUUUGGAAGUAAUACAAAAAUAAAUUUACUUAAAAAUGUUCGAUUAUCCCAAAUGUUUACUUGAAAAUAUUCCAUCAUCCCUUUACUACAUUCAAAAUUUUAUUUCCAAGGAAGAGGAAGCCCAUAUAAUUAAAAACGUUUAUUCUGUGCCCAAACCAAAAUGGACUUGCUUAUCAAACAGAAGGCUACAAGAUUAUGGAGGCAUCCCCCAUGAAAAAGGAAUGAUACCAGAAAAAAUACCUGAUUGGCUACAAAAAUACAUAAACAAAGUUAAUGAUUUAAAUAUAUUUGAUGGGAAAGUUCCAAAUCACGUGUUGAUUAAUGAAUAUCUACCAGGUCAAGGAAUAAUGCCACACACUGAUGGACCUCUUUUUUAUCCAAAAAUCACCACAAUUACUUGUGGAUCAAAUACAGUUCUCAAAUUUCUGGAAAAUAAUGAAAAACGAGGCACUGUGGCACAGGUGCUUUUGGAACGAUGUAGUUUGGUUGUCGUUGAAGAUGAUUUAUAUGAAAAAUAUUUACAUUCCAUUGAAGAAAAAGAGUUUGAUAGCAUAGAAGAAUGUGCCAAUCUUAAAUCUAUCGACAAUAACAUUCCAUUAAAACGUGAUACAAGAAUAUCACUAACUAUUAGACAUGUACCCAAAGUUUUAAAAAUAAAAUUAUUUAAGUAA